UCAAACGCCACGGAGAGAGGACGGGUUGGGGAGACAAAGGAGCGCACAAACAGGCCAAAAACCAGACUUGCGCUCAUUCCAUACGUGCAGAUAGGUGCACUCACUGCCUCUUGCAGCACUUUAAAACUAGUUCAUACCAACACGCCACCAGCAGACCUAUCAAAACUGGAGCACUGCAUCAUGUGUGUAGAGGAAGGACUCUAGGCUGCCUGAAGGGAGCUGAUUUUCACUCUUCGCAGCAUCGGAUGCGUACGCUCGUCUGGAUAGGCGGGACCGUGACCCGGUUAGACGUAGAAUAAGCAAAGCAGUGUACAUCGCGUAAGAUUCGGGGACGUCUGCCUCUCCUGCUGAAGCCACGAUGUCUGACUGCAGGAGGCAAUGGAACCGGGAGGAUGAGCUGCCGGUCUACCUGGCUGGGCCCAUCACCACCGGGCCGAACCAGCGAAAAUCGUUCGGGAUGUUCAGCUCCGUGGAGGGGGCGUACGAGAGCAAGACCAUAGACUUCGAUAACUACGCGGUGGGGAGAAAGGGCAGCCGCACCCCGAGAAGCGGGAGCCGGGAGAGGCUUUUGGACGCCGGUGACCCCAUCGGUAAGACGCCCGGCGAGCAUAGGGAGGGGUCGCGGAGCCACUCGCCCGGGGAGACGGACGACGCACGAACAAGUGCCGAGGCCAGACGUUCAUCGACGAAGGAGUGCUCAAAUGGAGAGAGCGAAGGGCUGCUGAUUAAAGGAGGGCGAGUGGUCAACGACGACCGGUCUUUCUAUGCCGACGUCUACGUUGAGGACGGGCUCAUCAAGCAGGUGGGGGAGAAUCUGAGUGUUCCAGGCGAUGUCAAGGUGAUCGAGGCCGAUGGCCGCAUGGUGAUACCAGGGGGGAUAGAUGUCAACACCUGUCUGAUGAAGCCCUUCCUGGGCACACAGCCUGUUGAUGAUUUCCUCCAGGGCACCAAGGCCGCAAUCGCCGGUGGCACCACCAUGAUCAUCGACCACGUGACCCCUCAGCCUGGAGACAGUUUGCUGGAGGCGUUCGAAUACUGGCAAGAGGCUGCAGACAAAAAGGCAUGCUGCGACUACUCUCUGCACGUGGACAUCCCCCAGUGGAACGAAACCGUCAAAGAUGAGCUGGAGCUGCUGGUGCAGGAGAAAGGUGUCAACUCCUUUCAAGUGUACAUGGCUUAUAAGGACGUGUACCAGAUGACAGACUCUCAGGUGCACUUCAUGAUCACCAGUUGCACCAAUUACCGUGAGACAUGGUCACUUUCCUUCCCCCCUAACUUCUUUUUUAACUCGUCACAUCUCCAGCUGUAUGCGGCGUUCUCCUUCCUGAAGCAGCUGGGUGCUGUGGUGUUAGUUCAUGCCGAAAAUGGAGACCUGGUCGCUCAGGAACAGAGAAAAAUCCUCGGAAUGGGAAUUACCGGCCCCGAAGGCCAUCCUCUGAGUCGUCCCGAGGAGCUGGAGGCCGAGGCGGCGUUCCGGGCCAUCACUCUCGGCGGCCGUGUGAACUGUCCUGUCUACAUCACAAAGGUGAUGAGCAAGAGCGCGGCUGAAGCCAUCACUCUGGCCCGGAGGAAAGGUUCUGUAGUUUUCGGAGAGCCAAUUACAGCCAGCCUGGCCACUGACGGCUCUCACUACUGGAGCAAAAACUGGGCGAAGGCGGCUGCUUAUGUGACGUCUCCACCUCUGAGUCCCGACCCAACGACUCCGGACCAUCUGCACACACUGCUGGCCUGCGGGGACCUGCAGGUGGUGGGUAGCUCUCACUGCGCUUACAGCACUUCCCAGAAAGCCAUCGGCAGAGAUGACUUCACCUUGAUCCCAGAGGGAACCAACGGAAUAGAGGAGAGAAUGGGUUUUGUCUGGGACAAGGCUGUGGCCAUGGGGAAGAUGGAUGAGAACCAGUUUGUUGCAGUCACGUCCACCAACGCCGCUAAAAUCUUCAAUCUGUACCCACGAAAGGGCCGGAUAGCUGUGGGAUCUGACGCAGACAUUGUCAUUUGGGACCCGGAUAGCGUCAAAACUAUCACCGCCAAGCUCCAGCAGUCGGCUGCGGAGUACAACAUCUUUGAGGGUCUGGAGUGCCGGGGAGGUCCGGCGCUGGUGCUGAGUCAAGGUCGGGUAGCUUACGAACAAGGCAAGCUGCACGCUCAGCAGGGCACGGGUCGAUAUAUUCCGCGGAAGCCCUUCCCUGACUUUGCUUACCAGCGCAUUAAGUUCAGGAAUCAGGUAAAGAGCGAGCAGGGCGUCACCCGUGGAAUAUAUGACGGCCCUGUGUAUGACGUCGCCCCUACCCCCAAGUACAUUACCCCUGCUCCAUCGGCCAAAACUUCCCCCACCACUCACCAGCCGCCGCCAGUGCGCAACCUUCACCAGUCCAACUUCAGCCUUUCAGGUGCGCAGACUGAUGACAACAUCCCGCGUCGGUCUGGCCACCGCAUCGUAGCACCCCCCGGUGGUCGCUCCAACAUCACCAGCCUUGGCUGAACACGUGACCCGUGCACAAAGUGUGGACGGCUCUGGGGGUUUCGGCUCUUAAAUGUGUGUGCGAGUUCGUUUCAAUGUGUGUGACUGGGAGUGUGAGCACGCGCACACCGGGCAUGAAUGAGUCUAAUUAUUUAUUUUUUAAUGUGGUACAAUCGUGACACGCUUUAAAACUGCAUUUUAGAAGCACAUUUAUACUUCCAGUCUAAAAAAAAAAAAAACUAAACAAAAAAAAAAGUGUGAUUUACAAUCAAUUAGUCUUUACCUAAAACUCACAGAUCCAGUGUUGGACCCCCUGUAAGCUUCCAAAUGUGACCCCAGUAUUAUGUCAUGUUGUUAUUUGCUUCCCCGUGAGCAUGACUUCCUACUUAUACUUCCUCACUUUCCACGUCUUACUGUGUGGGUCUGCUCUCAGACAUGGUGCUCCUUUCCACCCAUACGGUGGACAGCUAAGUAAAUAACAUUUUUAUUUAUUUAUUUAUUUAUUUGUUAUUGUUUUUUGCAUCUGGUUUCAACAUGUUGGCAAUACAGAUUUCAAUGUGACCCAAGUGGAUCGGUUAUACAUGUUGCAUGGACACGUUUUUUAGAUGUUGCACACCACUCGUGGUUUGUCGUUGCAGUGGAGGAACUCUUUCAAAGCACAUUUGUAUUCAACAGCACAGGCACAUUCGUACACUGCUCACCGUGUGCUUCGAACACUUAAAGAUAUUCACUGUGGGCAGAGGCAGUUGAUACCAGGUCUAAAUCAUGCAUUUCAACACUGCUGUGGACUUCAGUCAAAGUGAUGCACAUUAUACUAUUAUGCAAAUGUGUCAAUGCUCUCCUGUAAUGCGUGAAAGUAGAGCUGAAGCCCAAGCAACAGCUAAUUUAAGGUCUAGAUUCGUGUACCUGCAUAGUAGAGUUUCGCAAUAAAAGACUUCACGACGUGUGUCGUACUUUCCUGCCAAUCACUCUCGCCAGAAAUAGAUCCUCGUUGUCGUAGUGACAUGCUGAACUCGCCUCGGCUCUCACCGCCACCGCUGCUGCUGCUCUUUAAAGCUUCACGUUUCAAUUUGUUUCUUUUUUUUUAAAAAAAAAAAUUGUUCAUUUUCUGUCUUCUGAUCAAUUCUGGGUGUUUGCUCCUUUAUGGUACAUUUAGUGUUUCUAUGGCGCUUUGUUUCUGAUGCUGUUGUCCGGUGUCUCCAGUGGAACCGUGAAUCAUUCAAUAAAGGCUGACUGUUAUCAAAGAUGAAGGCAGAAUAAAGGCGCUCUGAGGUCAAUGCCAGCUUUAUGUGA